AUCCCGACGUCAGGCUAAAGAAAGGAUCCGACUCCAGGCGGACACAUUUUAAGAUUUCAUGUGUACGUCAAGGUGCCUUCGGAAACAUGUCGGGACAGAGGGGAAACAGUCUGUGUUCGUGGCAUAAACUCUCGCUCUUGGUUUCAUCUCUGCUUUUUGUGUAUAUCAGCUCGAUCAACUCAGUUCCUCUAGACGAGCAGAGAGAUCAGGGGCCAGAGACUUACAGCGAAUACUACAAUUACGACCAACUUACUGUCCUUCUCAAAAGUCUCGCCCAGAAGUACGCAAACAUCGCAAAUCUGACCAGCAUCGGCAGAUCCGUUGAAAACAGGGAGCUUUGGGUGAUGAGAAUCACCAAGGAACCCACUGCUGAUGUACCAGGAAAACCCAAAUUCAAGUACGUGGGCAACAUGCACGGAGACGAGACCGUGUCCCGGCAGGUUCUGAUCUACCUGCUGGAGUAUCUGCUGGAGAAGUACGGAGAGGAGCCGCGGGUCACAGAGCUGGUCGACAGCACAGAUAUUUAUAUCAUGCCGAGCAUGAACCCUGAUGGUUUUGAGAAGUCUAAGGAGGGGGAUUGUACGGGCAAAGAUGAGGGUCGGAAUAAUGCUAAAAACCUCGACCUCAAUAGAAGUUUCCCAGACCAGUUUGAGGAGAUACACGUGAAUGCAGAAGACAUCCCUGAAGGCACUGCUGUCAUGAGGUGGAUCCUGCAGAACAAAUUUGUGCUCUCUGGGAAUCUGCAUGGUGGGACCGUGGUAGCCAGUUAUCCUUUUGAUGACUCUGUGGCCCAUGAUACUGAGGGCACCUAUAGCAGAUCUCCUGAUGAUGCUCUCUUCAGAUACUUGGCACGGGUUUACGCAGAGAAUAACCCUGUUAUGAAAACCGGGCAGCCGAAGUGCGUGGAAAACAUAAAUGAGACCUUUGAGGAUGGCAUCACAAAUGGAGCAAAGUGGUAUGAUGUGGCAGGGGGUAUGCAGGAUUUCAAUUACCUGAAGGGGGGCUGUUUGGAAAUCACUAUGGAGCUUAGCUGCUGCAAGUACCCACCCUCAUCUCAACUCAAAACAGAAUGGGACAACAAUCAGGAGGCCCUGCUGGCCUUCAUGGAGAAGAUUCAUAUCGGCGUGCGUGGCUUUGUCAGAGCUGCCAGGAAUGAUGCCCCUCUAGCAGAUGCUGUGAUUAUGGUUGCGGGCAUUAACCACAAUGUGAGCACUUCACGCUUUGGUGACUACUAUCGUCUGCUGCUACCUGGCACCUACAACAUCACAGUUUUAGCCCCGGGCUACAUUCCCAUGUCCGUGGCUGGGGUGGAGGUGACUGAGGGAAAAGCAGCUGUGCUGAACAUCACCCUUGAAGCUGAGAAUGAUGAGAAUUCCCCCACUGAAACCUCUGUGUACAGUGCCAGCACAGAUAGCAGCAGCAGCAGCAGCAGCACCGGUGUCAACAAAGCAGCAGAUGAAGAGAAGGACUCCAGGGUUACAGUCCAGCCCCAGGACUUCCGACAUCACCACUACAAUGACAUGCAGCUGUUCCUGCAGAAGUUCAGCUCUGAUUACAGCUCCAUCACACGGCUGUAUUCCAUCGGCAAGUCUGUGCAGGGACGUCUCCUGUGGGUCAUGGAGAUCUCCGACAAUCCCAGUGUCCACGAGUUAGGUGAACCAGAGUUUAAGUAUAUUGGUAACAUGCACGGCAAUGAAGUGGUUGGUCGGGAGCUGCUCCUCAACCUCAUAGAGUACCUUUGUCGCAACUAUGGCACUGACCCUGAGAUCACCCAGCUCAUCAACUCCACACGUAUCCACAUCAUGCCUUCAAUGAACCCAGAUGGAUAUGAAGUGUCCCAAGAGGGAGAUAUCAGUGGCGUUCAGGGACGUAACAACACUAACAACUAUGACCUGAACCGUAACUUUCCUGACCGGUUCAACUUUGUCACGGAUCCCAGACAGCCAGAGACCCUUGCUGUUAUGAACUGGGCCAUGAGCUACCCGUUUGUGUUGUCUGCCAACCUUCAUGGAGGCUCUUUGGUGGUGAAUUAUCCAUUUGACGAUAAUCUAGACAAUGUUAGCGGAUACAGCAAGUCCUCAGAUGAUGACGUAUUCAGGAUGGUGGCUCUUGCUUACUCACAGGAAAACUCUCAAAUGUUUGAUGGACACUCCUGUAAGGAAAUGGAUUUGUACCAAGAAUAUUUUAAAGAUGGCAUCACCAAUGGUGCUGCAUGGUACAAUGUCCACGGAGGGAUGCAGGACUGGAACUAUGUCAACAGUAACUGCUUUGAGGUGACCAUUGAACUGGGCUGUUACAAAUACCCACCAGCAGCAGAUCUACCGAAAUACUGGGAAAAAAACCGCAGAUCACUUCUGCAGUUCAUCCAUCAGGUCCACCGUGGAGUAAAGGGAAUGGUAAUCGACAGCAAAGAUGGAUCUGGCAUCCCCAAUGCUACGAUCACUGUGGACACAGUUAAUCACCCCAUCACAUCCAACACUGCAGGGGACUACUGGCGCCUACUCUACUCCUCAGUUAGCACCUUUGUCAACGUACCUAAGGAAGGAGCGGAGAUUGUUAAUUUCACAUUGACCCGGAUUCACAGUUACACGAAUGGGCAGACGACAGAAGACACCACCCCAAUUCUGGAUCCCAGUUUGAAGGAGUUCCAGAGCCUUAUCAAGCAGCUGUCAGGAGAAUCUGGACUGGACAAGCUGAUCAAGGACACUCACACCCAGAGCAGCUUCCGUUAUCGACGGUACAGCGAGGUUUCUGAGUUCCUACGUGGCCUCACCCUGAACUUCCCAGAGAUUACCUCACUCCAAAGUCUUGGUCAGAGUGUGGAGUUCAGAACCAUCUGGGCUCUGGAGAUCUCCAACAACCCUAAAGUCCAAGAACCGUCUGAGCCUAAGAUCCGGUUUGUGGCAGGUAUCCAUGGAAACGCCCCAGUAGGUACAGAGCUGCUUCUGGAGUUUGCUGCCAGUCUCUGUAUUAACUACGGAAAGAAUGCUGCCAUCACAAGGCUCAUCAAUGAGACCAGAAUUGUUAUCCUGCCCAGCAUCAACCCAGAUGGGCGUGAGCUGGCAAAAGAGAAAGACUGCACCUCCACUGCUGGCAUGACCAAUGUGCACGGCAAGGACCUUGACAAUGACUUCUUCGGUAAUGCGUCUCAGCGUGCUGCAGAACCUCAGCCAGAGACAAGUGCUGUUAUGGAUCUGAUACAGGAAAGAGGCUUCACUCUCUCUGUGGCUCUGGAUGGAGGCUCCGUUUUGGUCACCUACCCUUAUGACAAACCAGUGCAAUCUGUUGAAAAUGCUGAUACGCUGAGAUAUUUGGCUACUGUGUAUGCCAAACACCAUCCCAUAAUGCACUCGGGCGAUACUGGAUGUCCAAACAGCCAGAUGGGCACCAUCCCUAAUGGUGUCCUUCGAGCAGCUGAAUGGCACAGUCACAUGGGCAGCAUGAAGGACUUCAGUGUGGACUUUGGUCACUGUCCCGAGAUCACUGUCUACACUAGCUGCUGCCUGUUCCCACCGGCUGCUAUGCUGCCCACGCUUUGGGCUGAGAACAGGAAGUCUCUUCUGAGCAUGCUGGUUGAGGUGCACAAAGGGGUUCGUGGAGUGGUCAAGGAUAAGAGCGGUAAGCCCAUCGUGGGCGCUAUAAUAGUAUUGAAUGGUGGUGUUCGAGUCUUCACUAGUGAGGGAGGAUAUUUCCAUGCCCUUCUGGCCCCUGGUUUACACAGCAUUGAAGCGGUGGCUGACGGCUACCAGCAACAGUCCCAGAAGGUGUCUGUGUCGCCUUUUGAAGCAGCCAGUUCCAUUAUUAUUGAGUUUGACAUGGAGAACGAUAUAUUUGGCCUUCCAAGAGAGUUAGUAGUGGCAAGCGCAGCUGCCGCAAUGACGGCCCUGGUCGUGACAGCCUGCAUCAUCUGGUGCGUCUGCUCAGCCAAGUCAAACCGACAAAAAGACGGAUUCCAUCGGCUGCGACAGGACCAGGACGACUAUGACGACGAGAUCCGCCUCAUGUCUGUGGGCUCCAAAAAGUCUCUCCUGAGCCACGAAUUUCAAGAUGAGAGCGAAAGUGAUGAGGAUACGCUAUACACCAACAAACUUUGAGACCUUACUUGCUCCCUCUCCUCCCCCUGAGUCUGUCCAAACUGCCUGCAGUGCCAGUAGAGGGCGCUCAAUGGCCAGCAGCAUUAUUGUCCAAUCUAUCGAAACCCGAGAACCACUGCGGGAUGCACUUUAAUUUCCCAUGUUGAAAUCAGGUGAGCGUUUUGCACCGUAGUGUAUGCAAUUAACCACUGCUCUCAACCAGCCUGCUUAGUUAUCUUGGUCUUUAUAAUGCCAAUCCUCUACCCUUUAAAAAGGAAAUUGAACAGCUAGAAUCUUUCUCAACAGGAUUAUGAAACACUGUGCCUUGUUAGAUUAGAGGUUGCAUGGUCGCUGCUGUUGUGAGGAUGAUGAUUUUGUAGAGUAAAUGGAAUUUUGCUCCCCUUUUUUUCUGUGGACCCGGGCCAAAG